AUGGCUGCCAGGAGCUCGCUCAACGCAGAACAAUCAAGUUCUCCUCUCCAAUUUCCUACGGAUAACCAUAAUCAAGGCAUUGGCGUAGCCUUGGGAAGUCCACGGUUGGCGCUUAUGCCCGGUCAAGACCCCAGCAUGAUUCCCCGGACCAUGACAACCAUCACGUCCCCGGCCGGCACCAUUACUGAGCAGCAUCAGCAGCAGCAGCAGCAGCAACAGCAGCAACAACAACAACAACAACAAUCCAAAGCUACGGGCCUCUCUCGCUCAAUAUCCAAGCGCCUACCGUUUCUGGGUCGUUCGAAAUCAAAACGAAUAAACUCAAACAGUGGCGGCACCAACUAUUCUCGACCAUGCGCAGACCCUAGCCGCGCCAACUACAUAAGCGAUACUCCUACGACUCCAGCUCCUUCUCCAUCUGUUCCUAUGGCGUCUAGUGCGAGUGCCAAUCGAUCUCGGCCAGAUGCUGCGAAGCUGAAGAAGCAAAAACCUCUUGCAGCGCGCUCUUUGACCGACCCUCAGAUGCAACCUCAAAGUGGCGACAUGCAGCAAACACUGGCGUGGACGCCUGGCCAGCCAGGGCUUAUGCUGGAUGUCGAAAUUCCUGACAUCAGCUUCGAGCGCUACAGUGUCAUGUUUGAAAGCCUAAUUGAGAAGCAGCAACAAUCGGCAAGCAACUUGCUGGCGCGUCGGCAGGCGACGCUUGCCAGGAUCAAGGCCAACGACGACGACAUCCGAAGAGAGCAUUUUUCACAAGUGCAACGGUCUCGACGAGCUACUUCGCCAGCCGCGACACCGAUUCGCACGCCGAUAGCUGAGCCGUCGGCAGAAGACUCGGCACACGAUAUCGAUAUCGUACCUCUGAGACUGCGAUCAAAUACGUUUCCCACGAUUGCCAGCCAAUCGCCACGGGCGCCUUCGCCAGAAGACCAAACCGACUCUCCCGGAGCAUCGCUCUUGUCGCCAGAUAGCCAGUUCUCUCUAGCCCCAGACAGCGAAGGCCGUCGACUUCUGCAUUCCAAAUUUCACAAGCCUUCGGUUGAGUCGAUCCACAGCCCUUACUUCCGGCACGCUACGGAGCGAGAAACCGCCACCGCCCUCUCGCCUCCUCCGUGCUUUACGCGUCGUCUUCCCGAUGGCGGCAGCGGCGGCAGCAACGUUGCGACGCCAGUCUACACGAUGAUGCCGCCGGCGAAGCAAAUCGACAUACCCUGCCGCUCCACGUCGUUGCGCAACACCCGCAAGCUGCCCGCCGCUGCCUCGCCCAAGCCCAAGCCGAACCCGAAACCGGCGAGCGUGGAGGAGGCGCUCGAGGACGCCGCCGAGGUGUCGAUUGCGCGCCAAAUCAGCAUCUCGCGCGGUCAGCGCCGCUUUCUGGAGCCGCUGCACGAGCGCGAGCGCCGCCGCGCCCGGGCCAACCAGCACAUCAAGGCCGCGAGCCAAAUCUCCCUCGACGACGGCAAGCGCAUCGCCGAGACCAAGACGGCCACGCCCAUCGUCAUCCACCCCGACCGCGAACAGCUCGGCGAGUCCUCCGCUUCGCCACGGCAGCACAUGUACCGCCGGAGCGAGCAGGUGACCAUUGAGGGCGCGUGA